UUUCCUGGAAAGAAAAAAAAAAUAACAAAGGCCCUGGGGCUGCUUCAGUGCUGUGGACUUAUUCUCCCUUAACGCACAGCUGAAGAUGCACAACACAACGGCAGCGGGCCAUUUAGCUGGAGCUCAGGAUAACUGCACGGUCGACGACAAUUUCAAAUACACGCUAUACAGCACCGUUUUCAGCCUGGUGUUUAUCUUUGGACUGCUGUUCAACUUGGUUGCCAUGUAUAUUUUCACAUGCACUCUCAAAAUAAGAAAUGAGACCACCACAUACAUGAUCAACCUGGGAGUGUCAGACUUAAUGUUCGUGCUCACUCUGCCCUUUAGGAUCUUCUAUUUCAUCAACCAGGACUGGCCUUUUGGCGAUGUACUCUGUAAGCUCUCUGUGGCCCUGUUUUACACAAACAUGUAUGGGAGCAUACUGUUCCUCACAUGCAUCAGCGUGGACCGAUUCUUGGCCAUUGUUUACCCCCUCAGAUCUAGAACACUGAGGACAAAACGGAAUGCUAAGAUUGCCUGCUGCUGCGUUUGGUUGGUGGUUCUGUCUGGCAGCCUCCCUACGGGUUUCAUGUUGGAAACCACGUCGCAAAAAAACCAGGACGACAACUCGACGGACGCUCCAAACUACUGCUUUGAGAACUACUCAGAGAAACAGUGGCAGUCAGAGCUGUCCAAAGUGGUGGUCUUCAUUGAGACAGUGGGUUUCCUCAUCCCCUUCCUGAUCAACAUGAUCUGUUCCAUCAAGGUGCUUCGCACGCUGCAGGACCCCCAGACGCUGUCCCGCGGCGGUCAGCUGAACAAGAGGAAGAUCCUGCGCAUGAUAGUCGUCCACCUGUCCACCUUUUGCUUCUGCUUCAUCCCCUACAACUUCAACCUGGUCUUCUACACCCUGGUGAGGAGUGAUGUCUUCAAAAGCUGUGUGGCGGAAUCUGUGGCGCGGACCAUCAAUCCUAUAACGCUCUGCAUCGCCGUCACUAACUGCUGCUUCGACCCUGUCGUGUACUACUUCACCUCGGAGACCAUCCAGAACUCCAUCAAACGCAAGACUCAGAGCAUCCGAAACGACUACCACCUCGGGGAGACCCUGCGGAGCAGUCCCCGGAUGCAGAGCCUAAGGAGCAUCGGACAUAAAGACAGAUCCAUUGAAUCCACCGACUCUAGAUAGCAGACUGUUGAUAGCACUGAGAAAGGAUUUUUUAGCCUCUGUGUGAUUGUAACUGCAUAGUUUACUCAAUGGAGUUUUUUGUGCUAUGUGUCAAAUAAUUUUAUACACAACGUCAUGAUUAUAUUCAUUUUCUUUGAUGAUCAGUUUCACAUCUCUAAAGUAAAAACAAAAAAGAAUGAGUAUCUCCCAGUCUGAAGAAGAAGGCAGGGUCUGAAGAAGAAGGCAGGGACUGAAGAAGAAGGCAGGGUCUGAAGAAGAAGGCAGGGUCUGAAGAAGAAGGCAGGGUCUGAAGAAGGCGGCAGGGUCUGAAGAAGAAGGCAGGGUCUGAAGAAGACCCUGUCAAGUCGAAACAUUGAGUCUGAGUCUUUUUCUUUUAAUUAAACUCUGGGAGCUACUCAGGUGUGCGAACAUUCUCUUUAGUUUUGACCUUAUAGUAUUUUUGUCCUGCAAAUGGCCUAAACACACAUUGCAAAAAAUAAAAUCUAACCGUGUGUUAUUAAUCUUA